AUGCAUUCAACUACCAUCCUAUUCGACCUAAAUACUGGCAUCACAGAGGAACCUUCAUGUCUACAAGAAGAACCUCUUCGUGAUCCAGGUGCGGAUGAUGCUGAGACUGGACUAUUUGUUGAACCUAAAUCACCUCAAUUCAACAUAGACUCCAAUGAUGAUGAUGUAGAUGAAGUUCCCAUAAAUACGAUACACAUUGAACCUCCAACACACAUGUAUGAAGCUAACUAUAAUGGUGAUUUUAGGAAGGAGAAAAAAGGGUUGUUGGUAAUGGCUGCUCUUAGACUUGGCUCACUUCCACCGGCAACAUUAGCAGCAACCACAGCCACAAAGAAGUGUGAAAGAUUCAACGGCGGCGUUAAGGUGGUCGGCGACGGAGGUGGUGACAAUGGGUUCCCUCCAUUUCUUCCUAAAGAGGUUGAGAAAAUCAAAGACCCAUUUGCCAGGAAUUUAGCUAGGAGAAUAAAGAGGCUCCCGGUUCAGAUUGGGUGUUCCGAAAGUUAUAUAAUGAGUAGUUGUGUACAGCCGCUCGUACAAACCGAUCCGAGUCCGGUUGUUCUUCUCCAUUGCUUUGACAGUUCUUGCUUAGAAUGGAGGCGUGCUUAUCCGUUGCUCGAAGAAUCUGGUUUGGAGGCAUGGGCGCUCGAUGUUCUCGGAUGGGGUUUCUCUGACUUAGGAAGUCUUCCACCGUGUAAUGUAGCAUCGAAGCGUUGCCAUCUUUAUCAGCUCUGGAAGUCCUACAUCAAAAGGCCAAUGGUUUUAGUUGGGCCGAGUCUCGGUGCCGCUGUCGCGAUCGACUUUGCAGUAAAUUAUCCCGAAGCUGUUGAAAAGUUGGUUUUAAUCAAUCCGAGCGUUUAUGCAGAAGGCACGGGAAACCUUGCAAAGUUGCCGAAAGUAGUAGCUUAUGUCGGGGUUUCUUUACUAAAAACAUUCCCUUUGCGCCUUUAUGCUAAUCUAUUAGCUUUCGAUGGCAUUCCAUUAUCCAAGAGCGUAGAUUGGACAAAUGUUGGCCGGUUACAUUGCCACAUGCCUUGGUGGAAAGAUGCAACUGUUAAUUUUAUGGCUAGUGGAGGCUACAAUGUAGUGUCCCAAAUAAAGCAGGUGAAGCAGAAAACGCUGAUCAUCUGUGGAGAGAACGAUAAGAUCGUCAGCAACCAACUUGCAAUGAGGCUGCUUUUCGAACUUCCGAACGCACGUAUGCAACGAGUGCCGGACAGCGGUCACCUUACUCACGUCGAUAAGCCUCGCCGUGUUGCCAAGUUGAUAUCGGAUUUCGCUCGAGCCAAAUGACACUGAGACUCGGAGCCAUUGCAAAUAUUUACCGGAGGCGGAUGCUUUACUAUCACCGUUAGGGUUGCUUGACUUCCAAGUAAUAAACCAAU